AUGAAUCACUAUUUGUUUCGCAAGUUCCUUCUUGAUGACUUAAAUGAAGAUGAGAUAAUCGAAGAACUUGUUAUGGAAGCAUCACAACCUAAGCGUUGCCGUCGUUCUAUCCAACGUAAUCAUUUGGUAGGCCAUGAGAGGCUUUUUCUUGAUUAUUUUGCUCCCACACCAAUAUAUCCACCCGCUUUAUUUUGUAGGAGAUUUCGGAUGAAGCGUUCUCUUUUUCUUCGUAUUCAAUCUCAAGUUGAAGCUCAUGACUCUUACUUUGUCCAAAAAAGAAAUAGUACCAACAAACUUGGUUUAUCUUCAUUACAAAAGAUAACUGCUGCACUUAGAAUGCUUGCGUAUGGAGUAUCGAGUGAUUUGAUAGAUGAAUAUGUGCGGAUUGGAGAAACUACUGCAUUAGAAAGUUUGAAAAAAUUUGUUACUGCGGUAAUUGAUAUUUUCUCUGAAGAAUACUUGAGAAAGCCAAACAAUGAAGACAUUGCUAGACUGUUAGCUCACGGUGAACGUCGAGGUUCAAUUGAUUGCAUGCAUUGGAAGUGGAAAAAUUGUCCAUCUGCAUGGAAAGGUCAAUAUUGUGGUCAUAUUCGUGAGCCUACUAUUAUUUUGGAGGUAGUAGCAUCAUAUGAUCUUUGGAUAUGGCAUGCAUUUUUUGGGUUACCUAGGUCAAAUAAUGAUAUUAAUGUGUUAGAGCGAUCUCAUGUAUUUAAUGAACUUGCUGAAGGACGUGCUCCUACAAUACAUUACUCAAUUCAUGGUCAUGACUACACUAUGGGAUAUUACCUUGUUGAUGGUAUAUAUCCAAAGUGGGCAACAUUUGUGAAAACAAUCCCAGCUCCACAAGGACAGAAGUAUAAAUUAUUUGCAGCAGCCCAAGAGGCAUAUAGGAAGGAUGUUGAGCGUGCAUUUGGAGUGCUUCAAGCACGUUUUGCAAUUGGUCGUGGACUUGCACGACUUUUUCAUCUUGAAACACUCAAAAAGAUCAUGAAAGUGUGCAUAAUUCUCCAUAAUAUGAUUGUUGAAGAUGAGCGGGAUGAUAAUGAAGUGGUAGAUUUGGAUUAUGAACAAAAUGAUGGAAUGGAUAAUCCUUCUCUGCAAAUGUUACGUGAACAAAGUGAUGAAUUUUUGUCAUACAUUGAGAGGCAUGGACGCAUUAGAGACCGAGAAAUUGAUUUUCAACUCUAG